AUGGCUGUAUCUUCGUCAGUUGGAUCGGACAUCUUCGCCAUCGUCUCUUUACUGGUUAUAUCCUUGCUGGUCUUACUGCUGUUGCGGUACUAUCUUCCUCUCCGGACGACGCCGGCGUACUUACUCGUGCCAGUAUUUCUGGCGCUUGCUCUGCCAUGUAGCAUCAUUCUGCUGGUACCAAUAGAUCUUGCCUCCGCCACUACAUCAGACGAGGAACCAACUCGGGGUGUCUGGCUACCGGAUAGAGUCGUUCUGGUCACGUGGCGCAUCACGUACUGGCUAACGUUCUGCCUUACUUGGUUCAUCCUCCCUCUACUCGGUGAGUAUGUGGACUCCGGUUUCCGUGACUUUCGCAGCCGCAUGAUCUACUCUUUGCGAGUCAAUGCAAGGUAUCAGGCAAUAGGACUCGGCGUGGGCAUGGCAGGCUUGGUGUACUUCAUAUGGGAGAAUGGCUUUCAUGCUGCAAGCAUCAAGGGCAUGAUAAUUGCCCUAGCAUACGCUUGGGGUCUAAUCUUAGCAAUUGGGUUAAUGGGCCAUGGUCUAGUGGCCCUACCGCGAAGGUUGUACAGAAAUGCCAGCGUGAGCACAAGACUUCGCAGGUUGCAGGCUCAGGCGCCCAAGACGAAAGAGAAGCUUGACGAGGCUACAGACGACUUGGAGGAGCUCGAGAACACCGUUGCGCAGCUGAAGCAGCGCAAGUACGGUACUGGCAGAGACUUGCAGGAAUGGAUCGAUGAGCUUGCGGACACGACGGCUGCUCCGGAUGCCAGACCUGGAGCUGCUGCAGCAGUCCGAGCGACGAACGCGCAAAUACCGGCUGUCGUGACCGAACGGUAUCUGGCAGAUCUGACUCGUAAGCUCAAGCGGGCAAAACACAUGAAGGCGCGCUUUGUCGGCGAGUGGAGUUCUCUCUGCCAGCAAGCACAAGAUGCGCAAACUAUCCUAGAUGCAGCAACAUCGAAGAAAUUAGACUUUGGGCAGGUGGCACCUGGUCAGCGCAGCUUCCUCGGCCGCUUGACGGUCCUCACGCCGACAAUGCGCUUCUAUCUCCAUAUGAAUAUCAUCCCGAUGGUCCGCGUUGCAGCUGCGGCAGUCUUCGCUGCGGCAAGCAUUAUGCUAAUCUUUUCCGAAGUGGUCAGUUCAUUCGCACCACGUGUCUCCAUCGUUGGCAUAACUGUCGUUCAUCACCUUAACUCUGAGGGCAGCAAGGUCGGCUUUGCCGGUCAGGUGAUAGCAGCAGCCUGGCUAUUGUUCAUGGAUACCUGCGCUCUGUACGCCAUCUCCGAUGUCAAGGUCUGGGGCAACCGCGCGCUGGUCAAACGGCAAACGUAUGCGGAGAGUGCAUGCUGGUAUAGUCUGCAAGUCGCCAAGCUAACAGUGCCGCUCUCCUACAACUUCAUCACGAUGCUCCCACCGACUGUGUACCAGGAAACUGCGUUUUACCAGUUCCUUGGCAAGCUCAUCAACCUGACGCCGCUCGGCUCGGGGUUCAGCGCCUUCUUUCCGUGCUUUUUGUUGUUGCCGGUACUGGCAAGCUUGUUUAACGUGUACGGGCGCAUGAAGAACAUUGUCGGCUUCGGCGUGCUCGAAGAUGAGAGCGAAGAUAACCCCACUGGCUUCGGGACAGGCGGUUGGAGAGAAGGACGCGCGCUUAUUGAGCGAGAGUCGCAAUCCCGGGGCACCAGCAUAUUCAAUGUAGGGCUUACGAACCGCACGAACGCAGAGCCUUUGUUACCCAUACUCUCCAGUCAUGCUCCGGCUUCCACCCCAGCCGAUAGCCGAGAAGCGAACAGACAAUUCAACCAGAUUACGAAUCAGGCCGAGCCAGAGGAUGACAGUCCAAGGUACUUCUACCAGGACUUUGCAGAGCGCGUGCGCAAUACCAUUGACACGGCCGAGCGGCCAGAGUGGAUGCGCAACCUCUCGUUCAAGACGCCACGAUGGAUGCAAAGCGACCAGAGCAACGCUGCAGGCGGUGGAGGCCUUAGCCGAUGGUUUGGCGGACAGAGUGAAGACGGUAGGGUUAGGCUGUAG